UCCAGCCUUCGGAACAGUUUGUUCCAAACGCUGAGCAGCAGAGUACCCCUUUAAAGUAAAGUCACAGUUCACCAAAACCCUGACUACAGUGUAAGGGAACUGUGUAAGGGAACAGCUUCAUUUGAAAAGGACAUUAUAGGGUUCACAAAGGGACUCUGAGUUACACCACCUAACACAUCAAGGACUACUACCCACAUCAUACCAACCCACUCAUACAACUCUCCUAGUUCUCCACAUUCUCAACUAGAUUAUAGGGUUAAUAGACAGCUCUCAGCCGCAGGUUGUGUAAUAUCCUAUCUGCUGGAACGCCCCUAUGAAAUACACUUUCAGUUUCUAUUCUUGUAAAUCCAGAAGCCAUGGCGUCUGCUGAUCUGAGUGACGAGCUGCUCUGCUCCAUCUGUCUGAGCACUUUUACAGCUCCUGUAACCCUGAGAUGUGGACACAACUUCUGCCGGGACUGUAUUGAUCAGGUCCUGAAUACACAGGACGGGUCUGGAGUUUAUUCCUGUCCUGAAUGUAGAGAACAGUCCCAGGAGCGGCCAACACUGAUAAAGAACAUAACUCUACAUAAUGUAGCAGAACGUUUCCGAUCUACUCAGCCACGUCAGAAGGAGAUCACCGGGAUCUACUGCACUUACUGUGUGGACUCUCCUGCACCUGCUGUGAGAUCCUGUCUGAUGUGUGAGGCUUCUCUGUGUGAUAAACACCUGAAAGUUCACAGCAAGGGACCAGAUCAUGUCCUGACUGAUCCUAGAACUUCCCUGGAGAACAGGAAAUGUCCCAUCCAUAAGAAGAUCCUGGAAUAUUACUGUACUGGGGACAAUACUUGUAUCUGUGUGUCCUGCAGUUUGAUUGGAAACCACAGAGGACAUAACAUAGAGUCUCUAGAUUUGGCCUCUGAGGAGAAGAAGAAGAAGCUGAGAAAUGUUCUGCAGAUUCUGAUCACAAAGAGAGAGAAGACUGAGGAAAGAGUCCGGAGUCUGGAGGAACGCUGGAGAAAAGCUCAAGAAAAAUCAUCUGGAGAAGCGGAGAGAGUCACUGCCCUGUUUAUAGACAUCAGGAGACGGCUGGACGACCUGGAGAAGAGGAUCCUGAGUGAAAUCUCCAGGCAGGAGGAGAAGAUGUCACUGUCUGAUGUCAUCCAGAAGCUGGAGAUAAAGAAGAACGAGCUGUCCAGGAAGAUGAGGGACAUUGAGGAGCUGUGUAACAUGAUGGAUCCACUGACUGUCUUACUGGAUCCAGACACAGGUGACUUGUGUGAUCCUGAGGAGGGGGGAGGUGAUGAGGACACAGGGGGACAUGAUACCACACAUGAUGUAGAUGUGGAUGUGAUUACAGGGAUGUUACAUGCAGGUUUCUCUGAUAUAGUGACAUAUCUACAGACCAUCUCACCCCCCAAACCAAAGAGGCCACAGCCCCCCAGUGUCCGAUCUCUGCCCAGUCAUACACAAGCUUCACCUGUGUCAGGUCCACAAUAUGGGGGCGAUGGUGUAAUAGUCACGACUGGGGGGGAGGGGGCGGCUGCAGGAGAGGGAGGGGUCUAUGGGCAGGGUCCUGCAGACAUAUUACUGGAUGUAAACACAGCUGGUUAUAAUCUCCUUAUAUCAGACGACAUGAAAACUGCAACCUGGACAAUUACAAAGCAGAAUCAUCCAGAAACAGCAGAGAGAUUCCAGGAUUAUUAUCAGGUGAUGAGCAGCGGGAGAUUCUCCUCAGGACGACAUUACUGGGAUGUGGAGAUCAGGAGAUCAGAAUUGUGGAGAGUGGGGAUGUGUUAUCCCAGUAUAGACAGGAGGGGACAUCAGUCAGGUAUUGGCAAUAAUAACAAGUCCUGGUGUUUAGUUGGAGGGCGGUGGUGUAAUAAUCAUUGUUCAGUGAGACAUGACAGUAAAGAGAUCCAGUUACCUCACCAGAUCUCCAGUGAUAGAUUCAGGAUCUGUCUAGAUUAUGAGGCCGGGCAGCUGUCCUUUUAUGAGCUGUGUGACCCCAUCAGACACUUACACACCUUCACCACCACCUUCACCGAGCCCCUUCAUGCUGUAUUAUAUGUAUAUGAUGGUUCUAUAAAGAUAUCAGGGGGAGGAGCAGCUGUGAGGAGACAUCAUCAUAGAGGAAAUCUGCCCAGAGGCUGGUGACAUCACAGGGAGCAGAAUCUGAUUGGUGGAGCAUUUAGCUGCCACAGAUUAUACCAUGUGUUGGGUGAAGGUAUA